AAACCACCACUACAAUCCAUUGAUUCAUCUGGCUAUUAUUUCCGCAUGCUUACGGAGGAGAAACUUGCCCGGGUCUGUCGAACGUGAGAUCUACCACUGAGUACUACUGUAGUGUCUCAUACACAGGACAGGACCAAUCGGGGGUGGAUCGUCUAUCGUAUACUAGUACUCUUUACCACCGCCAGUCCUUCUUCCCGAACCGCCAUCUUCUAUCCUCCGGCAAGGUCGACUUGAGUCGUGUCUGGUGCCUCCCGAAUGGGCUGACCUGCCCUCCUCAUUUCAUACCCAGACGCCGAUCUUGGUUAACCAUCCAGGCUGGCUUCGUGACUGCAUGCCCGGAGUGAUUGGUUCCUGCCGGUGACCGCUCUACCUACCCCUCAUCGGCUCUGGCCUUUUCUUCUGCCGUCCUAUUUUCUCUCCUGAUCAUCCCAGCGUAUCGAUAUUGCUGCCAUGGAUACACUAUUAACUGCGGACAUUAUCGCCAACUCCCCGCGAUUCCGGCGGAAGUCAUCCACGUUCGUGGAUGCGAUCCAUGACCUACCCGAAAAGGCGGAUCUUGCCCCGGCUCAGCUCUAUAGCACGGAGUCGGGCCGCCUCUUCCACUCUGGUCGCAUUGUCAUCAUCACCGUAGGGUUACCGGCGAGGGGCAAGACACAUAUGUCAGUAGCCCUGGCUCGUUACCUUCGAUGGCUGGGUGUGAAGACAAGAAUAUUCCACUUGGGAGACUACCGGCGGGCUACUAUUCCAUAUGGCCAAGAUAUUCCCGACGAUUACUUUUUCGUCAAUGCAUCGGCCUCAUCGGUGCUCCUGAGACAGAAAAUAGUGAAAAGAUGCCGGGAAGAUAUUUACCAGUUCUUGAAUCAUGAGAACGGGCAGAUAGCGAUCUACGAUGCCGUCAAUCCCAUUGCAUCCGGACGACGGUCACUUGCAAAGGAAUUUGCGAAACAUGAUAUUGAGACGCUAUUUAUUGAGUCUUGGUGUGAUGAUGAACGUAUCAUUGAGGAGAAUGUCCGACGGGUCAAGAUCUCUUCACCGGAUUAUGUAGGGUGGUCUUCGGAAGAUGCAGUGAAGCAUUACCUGACCAGGAUAGCCGCCCGUAUCCCCCAGUUUCAAACUAUGGAAGAAACGGACCUUAAUUAUAUAAAGAUGAUAAAUGCAGGUGAAAGGUUGAUUGUGAACAACCGCAGCUUUGGAUAUCUUUCUCAUCGAAUUGUGUUCUAUCUUCUCAACCUUCACAUCAAAUCGCGACACACGUAUUUUGCGAGGGCUGGUGUUUCGUUGGAAGCAGAUUCCUACAAAGCGGAUGCUUCUUUGUCCGAGAAAGGAGAGGACUAUGCUCAAAAAAUGACCGAAUUCCUACUGCAGCACAGGGAGUCCGAAAGACAGGCUAUGAUCGACCAAGGGGAGAAAGACUACGAGCUGAAGCCCCUGACAGUCUGGACAUCUACGCGACGGCGAACAGUGGAAACUGCAAAGUAUCUCCAUGAAAAGGGAUACAAAGUUCGGCAGCGCUCGCAGAUGAGCCAGCUGAACCCUGGUGUUUGUGAGAAGAUGUCGGAAACGAAAAUCCGGCAGGAAUAUCCGGACGAAGUUGCGAAGCAUGAGCUCGAUCCCUAUCACCAUCGAUACCCUCGGGCAGAGUCCUAUCACGACCUCGCGGUGCGGCUCGAGCCGAUUAUUCUGGAGCUUGAACGUGAACAGAACGAUCUCUUGAUCAUUGCGCACGAGAGUGUACUAAGGGUUCUUUAUGGGUAUCUGAUGGCCUGCAAUGCUGCCGAUAUUCCAUUUUUAGAAUUUCCGCGAGAUGAGAUUAUCGAGAUAAUCCCCGAAAGCUAUCAGAAUGAGGCGCGCAGAAUCCACAUCCCUGGUCUUCCCAAAGAGAUCAUUCCUGGCUCGCCCGAAGACAUCAAGAUCCCGGUCCCACCGAGUGGGAUGACGACUCCGCUGGCAGGAGGACUUGGCAGUCCAAAAGAGGGACUCUCCACGCCGCAGAGUGGCCUUCGAACGCCGCGGGAACCCGAGAGGAUCUCGCAGCAGCAUUCCCGACCGACGAGCUUCAUGGUCUCCAUCACUACCGAGUACAUCAGCGCCGGGGGCAACAGGCACCCCGCCGCCGCCGACUGGGACGUCCAGUCCGGCGUGCUUGCCUUUGGUGCAGACAACAAUGUUGCUCUGUGGGAUCCUCGGGAAGAUACCCACCGCGGGGUCUAUUCGCUCCUCGUCGGCCACACCGACAAGGUCAGCGCCGUUCGCUUCUAUACUUGUCCUGCUACGCAAACGAAACUCCUCCUGACUGGGUCCGUUGACCAUACAGUUCGGCUAUGGCGCCCCGACCCCGUUGAUUCACGCAACUUCGUUCAUGUGCAUACCCUGGAAGGACAUACAGGUUCGGUCAAUACCCUGGCUGUGGCUGAGGGAGCGGGUAUUGUUGCAUCGGGAGCAGCAGAUGCCAGUGUCAAAAUAUGGAAGAUCACCACCGAGGGCGAACUAAAAGCCGAACUCUUGACCACUAUACCCAUGAAGCCACGGUUCUUCCCGUUAGCUUUGGCAUUGACGUUACUUCAGACGGAGUCAAAUGAUGGGCCCGUUGCCUUGGCGGUUGCAGGAACCACAAAUGUCGUGCAAGUGUAUGUGGCGGAGGAUACUCUUGCCAAUACGGAUUUCAAGCUCUCCGCCGUGUUGUCCGGGCACGAGGCUUGGGUGCGCUCCUUGUCUUUCACGCGGGAUAAGCAAAGCAAAGCUGGCGAUUUACUAUUGGCCUCCGCUAGCCAGGACAAAUAUGUUCGGCUCUGGCGACUGCAGCGAGGUGAAGUCACCCCUACCAUGCCCACAUGUGAUGAUGAUCCUAUGCUCGGAGGGUUCGAACCGACCCUUUCAAACAAGGCGCAUCAGUUUGAAGCCGCGAGAUCGAAGUAUUCCGUCACAUUCGAGGCUCUCCUGUUUGGGAACGAAGAUUGGAUCUACACUACCGCAUGGAAUCCAGACCCAGAGCGCCAGCAGCUUCUCACUGCUUCUGCCGACAACACUUUGACCAUUUGGGAACAAGAGCCAGUAUCCGGCGUGUGGCUUUCUGCGGAGAGGAUGGGCGAGAUCAGUGUGCAAAAGGGCUCCACUACGGCUACUGGUAGCACCGGUGGAUUUUGGAUAGGUCUUUGGUCUCCAAACGGCAAACAGGUUGUCAGUUUAGGCCGCACGGGAAGCUGGCGCUCCUGGAAAUAUGAUGCGGAAUCUGACAUGUGGACACAGUCCCUGGGUAUUACUGGGCAUGUGCGAUCAGCCAAUGGAGUCCAGUGGGAGCCGGCUGGAGGGUACCUCUUGUCGACAAGUGCCGAUCAAACGACGCGCCUUCAUGCCCAGUGGGUACGCGAUGGCCUGAAGUCGUGGCAUGAAUUUUCACGGCCGCAGAUCCAUGGAUACGACUUAAAUUGCGUGGACACUUUGGGGCCGGCCCGUUUUGUGUCUGGUGCCGACGAGAAGCUCCUCCGGGUAUUCAACGAGCCCAAGCCCAUCGCACAACUCUUGGAGAAACUUGCGGGGUUCAAACAGUCCGAUGAAGGGGCUCUACCGGACACAGCCCAAAUCCCCGUUCUUGGACUGUCUAACCAGGCACUCGCGGAUGAUGCGCCUGUGGGCGAGGACGAAGCAGAGGGCGCCGAGAUCGGGAAAGCUCAAGUAAGCCAGGCGCUUUUGUCAAAUGCAACCGAGCCACCACUGGAGGAUCAGCUGGCUCGUUACACAUUGUGGCCGGAGCAUGAGAAGCUUUAUGGCCACGGCUAUGAGAUCUCAGCUGUGGCCGUCAGCCAUGACCGCACACUGAUCGCGACUGCUUGCAAGGCGAGCUCAAUUGACCAUGCAGUAGUACGUUUGUACGAUACGUCCGACUGGCACGAGGUUCGACCGGCACUUGCUGCCCAUACCUUGACCAUUACCAGUCUUAGUUUCUCCAGAGAUGACCGGUAUCUUUUGAGUGUUGGGCGGGAUCGUCAAUGGGCCAUUUACCAGCGCAGCGGAAAUGAGCCUUCUAUAUUCUCUCUUCUGACGUCGAACCCGAAGGGACACUCUCGCAUGAUCCUCCAUGCCACAUGGGCGCCUACGCCGGCAACUCCAAUCUUCGCAACCGCAGGUCGAGAUAAGUCGGUGAAACUUUGGCAGAAGGUUGAGGACUCGUUCGAGUGCAAAUGCACUAUCCCCCUGAAAACACCUGUUACUGCCCUGUCCUUCCUUCCACGGGUAUACAACGGCUCGUUCUAUCUCGCUGCGGGUGAAGAGAGCGGGGCCAUAUCUGUCCAUCAGAUCGUAGUUGAAAGCCUGGAAACCAGUCAUCUGGUGAGCGUCGACAAGCUGACAUCGCCUUCCAAGGCGAUCACGCAGCUCUCCUGGCGACCCGUGCUAGAAGAAACGGCAAGUGGGUUUGCGCUUGCGGUGGCAAGUGAAGAUACUUCGACCCGGAUAUAUAAUUUUUCGGACAUGGUCUCAUAG